AUGAAACUCGUGCCAGGCCUGCUGGCUGGCCUCUUCGCUUUCGCUCAUCUCGCCCUGCCGGUCUGCGCAGAGAAACUCUUACAAGCGAAUUAUGUCACCUCCUGUUCCGACGAUAGUGCCAUUAAGACAAAUGAGAUCAAGGUCAAACUGUUACCAGACGAAAGUCAGGUCUGGCUGGAAUACGAUGGAACACUUAACUACGAUGGCUAUGUCAUGUUCAAUGUCGACAUUUUCGCCUAUGGAUACAAUAUCACCCGCCAAACCAUCAAUCCAUGCGAGUUGAAUAUCGCCAACCUUUGCCCCAUGACAAGCGGGAAAAUGCCUGUUCCAUGGAAUCCGAUGGAGGUUUCAAAAAACACCAUCAGCAGCUUCGUUCCGACCAUUGCCUACUACGUCCCCGACAUCGAUCUCCUUAUCCGAGUUACCGUCGUCGCAAAGAAAACCGGCGAACAGGUCUCCUGCAUCGAAGCCCCCGUCACCAAUGGCUACUCCGUCUAUGUAUCAGGGGUUGGCUGGGCCCUGGGUGUCAUCACUGGUCUUGGUCUUCUGAUCACCGUCAUUCUCUCGAUUCUAGGCUAUUCGAAUAUCGCAACUCACGUCUCCUUCCGAACAAUGCUUUUACUGGGCUUCAUGCAAAGUCAGGCCAUGUACGGAAUGCUUGCGCUUCACUUCCGACCUCUCGCUCGCAACUGGACCCAGGAUUUCCAAUGGACCGUAGGUAUUGUACAUGCUGGAUUCCUCGAGACAAUUGCCACUUGGUUCCAGCGCGCAACAGGAGGUACACCUUCAACAGUCAUUUCGCAAAACAGCGAUGUCUCGGUCGCGGUUCUGAAACGUUCCGUCGGAAAUCUUGCAAAGCGAACCCUCCCCACGACCGGCGGAGGUAACGAACUUCUCGUCAAGGGUAUCGAGCGAAUGGGCUACCGAGCGCAGAUCGAACCAUCGAACAUCUGGAUGACUUCAUACCUGGUUUUCUACUUCGUCACCAUCCUCAUGAUGAUCACUCUCAUGGUGCUCAAAUUCGCCCUCCCCGCCAUCUCCAAGAAGGCGAACAACGCCAAGUUGAACAACGCUCUCAGUGGAGGUACUGAAUGGAAGGGUUUCCUGCGUGGCAGCAUCUACCGCCUUGCCAUGCUCUCCUACCCUCAAUUCUGCUCGCUCGGCCUCUGGGAAAUCUACCAGCGUGACUCGGCUGCUGAGAUCAUCCUGGCGAUCGUUAUGUUCUUGACAACCACUGCAGCCCUGGGCUUCGCUACAUUCAAGGUUUUCCAACGCGCACGCGCAUCCAAGGCAUUGAACGAAAACCCGACCUACACCUUGUAUUCCGACCCGGCCUGUCUGACAAAAUGGGGCUUCCUCUACGUGCACUAUAAAGCGCAAUGCUACUACUUCAUCGCUCCGAUGAUCGCCUAUAUCCUGAUCAAGGGUAUCAUCGUUGCUUUCGUCCAAGCUAGCGCCACAGCGCAAGCCGUCCUGACCCUGAUCGUCGAAGCGGCCUUCAUGAUCGCGACCUGCGUGAUCAGACCCUACAUGGACAAGAAAGCCAACAGUUUCAGCAUCGCCGCGUCAGUCAUCAACUUCGUCAGCGCAAUCUGCCUCCUCAUCUUCUCCGACGUCUUCAACCAACCCGAUCUCGCCUCUGGCGUUGUCACCGUCAUUUUCUUCUUCAUGAACGCAAUCUUCACACUCACUCUCGUCGUCUUCCUCCUCAUCUCCUUCUACUACGCCAUCCGCCUCAAAGAGCCAACGGCAAAAUACCACCGUCUUUCCGACAACCGCGAGUCCUUCCGCAUGUCGCAAACAGACAACCGUCUCAAUACCGAGCUCCUCCCGCUCGAAAAGGCCAUCCGCCCCAUCGGCGACGAACCCCGCCCUUCCUCCCCCUGGGCCCCAAGCAACAACGGCAGCGUCCGUUCCCGCUGGGAUCCCGGCCACGCUGGCGGGGGCUUUAACCACCACGACGAACAACCGCCUCGAUCACCAUUCGCGGAUCAACCGCCCCGAUCACCUUUCGCGGACCCAGUUGAGCCCACUCUACCGUUAAUACCCAGUAGUGGUGGUCAUGACGCUGGGCGGCGGGUAUAA